CUCAGCCUCUGUUGAUACUUCCUCGCGCGUGUAUCUCGUCAGUCGGCCUGGAGCCACGUGCGUGUGCUCGAGAAGCUCCAGCACGAGUGCCCUCUUCCCAUCGAACUGAUCGAUCGUCUUUAAUUAUUAACGAAUACGAAGAAAUCGAGACGGAGAAAUUCAACUGGAGGAAGCUUUAGUGUCUGUGAUAGAGUCGAGAGAGGAAUAUUUUAGAGCAGCAAAUUUGCAUGUAAUUCAAGGCAGCGUCUUUAAAGUGAACUUUCCGCGACGAAACGUGACUGGAAAGCGUAAAGUGUCCAUGGCAAUAUGCACCGAUUCGUAGACGGUGUUGGCUGGCAAUCAGAGAACGAACCGCGCCGUCUCGACGGUAAGUCUCGUAUCUAAAACGACCAGGGAACCGAAACUCGAAGACAGAUGGGCAGGAGCAGGGAGGACUAAAAAUAUCGGUCCCUGGCACGUUGCUAGCUAGCUGUACUUCAACUUGAACAAUUUUACCGGCCUGGAGAACGGAGAGUUCCAUGGCCGAGCGACGCCUCUAAUCCGGUAGAGAGCUCCCACUCGAAGGGACAGUCCACGUCUUCGUUUCUUUUCGAGAAGAACCACUCGGGGGUACUUUUUUUCUAGACUAUCCAUAGCACGAGAGGACAGUGAACGUUUUGUAAAGGACUAAUUUGUGAAGUUGUGUUAACGAAAUCUUUGUAAAUUGUUUACUCUUCUGGAACGUUGGAGGGCGAGCAAGAUGCGUGGGAGACGCACGGACGAAAUCAGGAAAGCUUCGCGAGGACUCGAGCGGUUUUGAAGCGUCGUUCCUUCUUUCCACGACGGGGCCCUCCUCGUCAGGGGAAGAGUCUUUAGCCCCUACUCGAGGCCGACUUCUUCCACUCAUGGUGUUUUACGGCGCGGUUGUUUGAAAUUCUUCUGGCGGAGUCGCGCUCGUAUUUAUAGACCCGCGCGGGCUCGCGAGUUCACGCACGUAGAAUCACACGCACGCCUUCUGCGGAGGAGAUCGGAGGAAGCGGUUAACUAGAGGGAAAGAGAGGGGAAGGUGGGUGUGCUAAGGGUGAAAAGAGGAAAGGAGAGAAUAGAACGCGUUGCAUCGACAGAGGGACAGAGGAGGCGGCACGUCGCGAUCAUGAAGCGAUGCAUCCGCGACAGGAGCACCGGCCCGCUUCGUCGUCGAGCACGUCCUCGACGUCGUCGAACUGUCUGCGCUGGCUGCCCCCACUGGCAGGCGACCAUCCACCGGCUAUGAUCGCUCGAAUGACGGGGGCAAACGCGGCCCUAUGGAUCAUCGUUUUCCUUCUGACCCUCGGCACCGCUCUCAGCCACGACGAUCGCUCGAGUGGAAAUAGGACGCUCGUUUUCCAUGGGGGCAAUAAUUCGAGCCGGCUGCACGCGACCAAUCAAGAUUCUUUUGCGGGACAAUCGCCAAAGAACAAAUCCACAAAACUAUCGUACUAUACAAAUUGGAGCGAAUGGUCAGUGUGCGAUCGACACUGUACGCAGAAUCGCGUUCGAAGGUGUCGACUAAAGAAAAAAUGUGGAAGCACUAUACUAAGAGAAGAACGUACCUGUCAGCACAACAGAAAGGGAAGGUGGAGGAGAUGCAAGCAACGACAGCGACGAGGACAUCGACGAAAGGAUAAAUUUCAUGUAGUACAGUUACCUAAAAAGGAAGCCGAGCCCAGACAAGGGAGACGAAGGGGCAAGGACAUCAAGGACCAGUCCAUAGGAUAUUAUGGAAAGUGGAGCAAGUGGUCACCCUGUACAAGACUGUGUACCACUCAACGUCACAGGUGGUGUAAGAAGCCUGGAAUUUGCGUUCGCGAUGUGAUAAGGGAGAGUGCCUACUGCUACGUCGAAGGCAGCUACUGCCAAAGAUGGAUUGACCAAGAAAUCCGUAGAAGUCAAGAAGUAGAUAACGACGACAUCGUAUUGGAAUUGAGCAGUUCGAACGACGUGAGCAGUUCCAUUCCCGAAAAGCACCCUCACACCUGGAAGUGUGGGGUACCAAGCACACAAAGGACUUCCAGGUUGUCUUAUUUCACAAGAAUUAUCGGUGGACGUCCAUCGAUACCUGGGAGCUGGCCAUGGCAAGUGGCAGUCUUGAACAGAUUCAGAGAGGCCUUUUGUGGAGGCACCCUGGUCUCUCCAAGAUGGGUGCUGACUGCUGCGCAUUGUAUUAGAAAGCGUCUCUAUGUUCGAAUCGGAGAACACGAUUUGACGGUGAAAGAAGGCACCGAGUUAGAACUAAGGGUCGAUUCAGUAACGGUACAUCCCGAAUACGACGUGGACACAGUGGACAAUGACGUGGCAAUGCUACGUCUUCCAGUCACACUGACCGCCUCGCCAUCGAGAGGGAUCGCUUGUCUUCCGGCGCCUAACCAGCCUCUACCCGCCAAUCAACUGUGUACGAUCAUUGGCUGGGGAAAAUCGCGAGUCACCGAUGACUUUGGUACCGAUGUUCUCCACGAGGCCCGAAUACCCAUCGUGUCUACAGAGGCAUGUCGCGACGUCUACGUAGACUACAGGAUCACCGACAACAUGUUCUGUGCAGGAUAUCGUCGAGGAAGAAUGGACUCUUGUGCAGGAGACAGCGGUGGUCCCCUUCUCUGUCGCGAUCCCAGGAGACCCGACCAUCCUUGGACCAUUUUCGGGAUCACCAGUUUCGGGGAGGGUUGUGGGAAACGAGGAAAAUUCGGAAUAUACGCGAGAAUGUCGAAUUACGUUCGUUGGAUCAGCAGAGUGAUGAAAGAAACUGACGAUAUUAAUUAACAAACUGAGGACACAUCUGUGCAUCGAUUCAGAUAAUUGUGGUCUGUGCUACUAGACACUGAAAGACUCUAAUUAAUUUUAAGAGAUAAUUAAAAGUAUGAAAGUUGAACCUAAA